AUGGUCAAUGCGAAUUCCCAAUUUUCCCAUUUCUUAAAAUCUCUUCUCGAUCUCCUUUGUUUCCGAUUUGCCGGUCUUCGAAGUGGAACUGUGGCAGUGACGAGCGUGAGGAGAAGAUCUGAUCUUUAGGGCUUUCAAGUUUGGAUUUAGAAGCAUGGCAGGAGCUGUUGGAACAUCAAUGUUAGGGUCUCUUAUUGUGUUUACAGUGAUCCUCUCGCUUCAGGAAAUUUACAGAGGAAAAUUAGCUUCUUCAGAGCUGUUCACGAUCCUUGGUGGAUUCACAAGCUCUCUCCUCUUUUUGUUUUCUCUCACUUUCAUUGGAAAUUUUCAGGAAUCUUCUGGCAUCAAGAGUGGUUGGGGUGCAGUCAUUCUUGCAGAAAUCAUAGCUCUUAUCGCUGCUGGCACGGUUCAUCGGGUUUGUAUCACAACCUGUUUCCUGUUCUCUGCUGGGCUAUUGUACGAGGUGAACAAGAUCUCUGGAUACAUGCUAUCCAAAACCGAGUCAAAGUCUAAGAGACACUGAACCUGAUAAUGGAAUUGAUACGGCUUAUUAUUCUGGACUUAGAUUUGUUUGGCACUUGAAGAUGCAAAAACACUUUCAACAUCAUGAAUUGUGAUACUUAGAAACCCUAAAUUCAAAAUCCACAUCUUAUGCUUGAUGUGAGUAUUAGGUCUGUUUCCUUUGCAGCUUAUAAUCAUAGAGAUAAUCAUUUUAGUUGUGUCUUAUGUUCUUGGAGAAACUGAAUUGUGUCUUUUGGCCUCGACAUCGUAUCAUCCGCAACCAGACACAUCAAAUGGUUUGUAUCAUCUAUAUUUUAAUAUCUCAUGUAUCGAAACCGCAACAAUUGCUGAUUCCAAUUUAAAUUACAACUUUACC